AUGAGGUUGCCUAAACUUUCUUUGGAUGUUUGUGAAAAUGCUGAUUGCCAAACACAUUGCUCUUAUUCUGUCCACGGGGGAGUAAAAGUUUUCGCGCGUUCUUGCUGCCAUGAAGAAUAUGGUGAGCAACUAUGCAGAGUUGAUUGGCUACUCCUUCAAAAAAUAUUUUUUCUUCUCUCAAUUGUUUGCAUUCUUUUUUGUUUUUUUAUGAUUAUUUUUAUUGUCCGAGAAAAAAGACACGAACAAAAUGAUAGAGGCUGGGCUCUAAUGGAAGCAUUUUUUAUGGGUGCUAUUAUACUUUAUGCUAUUAACAUAUUCCUUGGAGUUGUUGGAUUGCUGAUUUUGGCAGGCAACUUGGUUUUACUUUAUUUUAUGGCUCUAAAUUUACAAGAAUAUCGAGUACGUAAAGCUCAACACGUUAUUGUUAGAGAACUUGAUUUAAUUUUAUAUUUACUUUUUGCUAUUUUAAUUGUGCUUUAUGGAAUUCUUGCUUGGUCUUCAGGUUCUUGGACCCGCUCAGAUUUAUGGUCGUCCCAAUGGCCCCAAUGCCCUGUGGAAGAAUUUAGAAUGUUUUUUUCUCUUUGUGAACAAUUGGUUUUGUUUUAUGGAAUUAGAUUAUGUUAUAAAGCAAGAAAUAGCAGUUGGGUCGAACGCUAUCAAUUUACAAUGGCUGUUAUUUUGGAAGCAAUUAUUUCACUUGUAGCCUCUUCCAUUAGAUAUGCCCUAAAUGAGGUUGGUUCAAGAGAUGCACUCUUUCUUGUUGCUGUACUCCAACUUCAUUUAACAAUUUCUUUAAAUAUUGUAGCCAUUAUUGCUCCGAAAUUUUUGUUUUCAACAGAAAACACGGCUAGAGGGACUCUAAAUAGUGGAAAUGCUACAGCAAUAAUUGGAAGUAAUAGAGCACAUCCUUCCCUAGCCAAAAUGCGUGAAAAUUUGAUUAAUGGAACUAUUGACUUUCAAGAAGUGCCGAUUGUUGAUAUGAAUCCUGAAGAUAUUCGAGCCGAAUUAAAACGUGUUUACACCCAAUUAAGAAUGUACAAAUUAAAAAAUGCUUAUCAAGACAAUCCCCAUAUAUCAAAAAGGAAAGGAGGGGCCGGAAUAAAAAAAGUAGUUCAUCAUCAACAAUCAACAACAGAAUGUAAUAAUAACAAUAUUGGGGGAGGAAAAACUUCUAGAGCGGCAUCAGCCUCAGCAGCAAUUGACAGAAGAAUAUCUAUACCUCCCCAAAUAAUUAAUUCUUCUUCAAAUAAUUCCCCAAAUAAAUUUCAACAGCAACAACAAAAAUUAAUUGAGGAAGAAAAAAAUAAUGAUUUGACAGUAGAAUCAGCUCCUCACAAUAUCCAUUUGUUAACAACUUCGAGUAAUUCUUCAAUUAAAUUAAAUUCUCCAACAGAUAUUCCUUUAAUUUCUUCUUCUGAUCAGUCUAUAAGGGUUUAA